UUAUUGUUUAGUCCUUUGAAUCCCUAACUUUACCUUUAUUUACAGGCAACCAAACUGCCUCAGCCCACGGGCCACGGGCGGCGCCGAAUAUCGAGCAAACAAAAUGAUGGUUGGAGACGAAGGAAAACUGGCAGAAGAGGAUGUCGGUGAAGAAGAACAGAUUGUGGACGAGAUGGGACUGUACAAAGGGAAGGUGAGGAUAGUGAACAGUGAAGAGCCAGCAGAGGAGAUGAUGCUGCUAUGGGGAUUACAACAGCCAACUCUCUCAAAGCCCAACUCUUUCGCCAAACAGUCCUCCCUCCAGCUCCUCCUUGACUCAUGUGGCCGCUCUCUAUCGAUUCUUCAGUGCCCUUCUUCUUUGGGAACUCCUGGAGUAACUGGUUCAGUAAUGUGGGACAGUGGGGUUGUUCUUGGAAAAUUCAUAGAGCAUGCUGUGGAAUCAGGAGAAAUUUCGCUACAUGGGAAGAAAGUUGUUGAAUUAGGCUCUGGCUGUGGAUUAGUGGGGUGCAUUGCUGCUCUUUUGGGUGCUCAGGUUAUUCUUACUGAUCUCCCUGAUAGAUUGAGGUUACUGAAGAAAAAUGUUGCAGCGAAUUUGUAUGGAGAUGUAAAAGGUUCUGCAACAGUGAGUGAGCUUACAUGGGGAGAUGAACUCGAACCUGUUCUACACGAUCCAUCCCCUGAUUAUGUUUUGGGGUCGGAUGUCAUUUACAGUGAAGGAGCAGUGGUAGAUUUGCUGGAAACACUUAUAGACCUCUGUGGCUCUGAAACAACAAUUGUUUUAGCUGGUGAACUUAGAAAUGAUGCCAUCCUUGAAUACUUCUUGGAAGCAGUCUCAGAGGAGUUCAUUGUGGGACGUGUUGAUCAGAUGCAGUGGCAUCCAGAUUUCCUCAGCCCGCGCGUUGUGAUUUACAUUUUAGUGAAGAAGUAGAAAUGCAGAAGGGUAUACGCUGCCUUGCUUGAAUCUAUUUAAGCUGUUCUCAGCCAUUCAAUGGAUUACUAAUAUUGUCUAGGCACACUGCCAUAUGGCAGGGAAUCUGCUUCUGAUGUAUUCACAGUUGUAAUUUUGCCUGACACUUCAAUCUUUCUUUGACAUGGCUUGAGUUGUAAUUGUUUCCUUUAUAAUGGACAAAGUCUUCAUGCUUUGUGUUGUUUUGAAUGCAAAAGUUAUGACCCUAUUUAUGCUUUUAUGUCUUCAUUUGUUUCCCA